AUGCUCGUGUUCGACAGAUUUGUUCAGCUGGUGAAGAGCGUUUUCAUAUCGUCCACAGCCGACAACCAGCCGCAGCCGAAGUCCACUAUGAACAUGGACGCUGCAGCUGCUGAAGAUCGACUACCUUCGACCUCCGCUGAUGAAGCCGUUCUUGUUUCUGAAACGGAGGCAGAGGAAGUUCAAGAGUGUAUCGACAUGCUCAUUCAACGAGUGACGGCGACCGUUCAGGCGGAACCAGCAGAACCAGUUUGGCUUUAUGAGGAAAAUCAGGGUUCAGUUUCUCGCCUACAAACAAAUCCAGACAUCUCGGACCUUUUGGAGCUGAUGUUGCAACGAAUAUGUGAUUUGCAGACCAGGGAGGAAGUGAAUCAUUCAACGAAGAUUCAAGAAAAGGAUCGCAACGCGUCUCGAUGCUUGGAAGGAGGACAUUUGAUGCAUGUACUUGAUACGAUGUCCCCGCGAUCGUCGUCAACGAGGGUAGACGACGGCUCGACAUCUGAAUCAUCGGAAUUGCGACACGUCAGCGAUGGUCAACAGGCUUUAAGCGACACUUCAAUAGUCGACGAUACCGACGGCAAAACAGUGAAGCACGGAAUUCGUUCUCACCUCUGUGCCUCGGUUCGACCAGCCGAAAAAUGCUUAGCAGCUGGUUGA